GAGAGAGACUGGAGGAGAAGUGAGGGGAUAGGGUCAUUAGAGCAGGUAGUGGGGCAGGAAGAGAAGAGGAGCCUGGAGACUUCAUCCUCCGUUUUGGGCUCAUAAACUGAUGAAGAGGAAGUGUGGAACUUUUGGGGGACUGGGAGAGGAUUUUGUUACGAAUGUCAUCAAUUUUAGCUUUAAAGUAUGUGUCCAGGUCUUCAGCACAGAGAUCAGCGAUUGGUGUCUGCGCUUUUGGCCUAAGGAGAGAGUUGAAUGUGUUAAAAAAUAGUUUUCGGUUGUUAGACAAAGAGGAGACGAUGGAGGUGAAAUAAGAUGAAGAGCAGAGUAAUAGGAUUUUAGCACGAAUUUAUAGUGCAGAUGAAGUCUUAUCCUCGGCAACCACAAUCUUUGUCUGUUGGUUUAUAUUGUUUUGCACUGUGCCUUUAAGAAAUGUACAGUUAUUUGUUAGGAUGCAUGAUACAGAGUACCCAUGUGACCCUGAUUGCCUAAUGGGAGGCCCCCCCUAGCUAAGCCAUAAAUAGUGUAGGGGAGAAGGAGUUAUUCACUUUAGUCUUGGCCUAGUCCAAGAGCUGUGUGCAGAGCUCAGUGUGAGCUGCGGUGAGGAGAAGAGACAGCAGGAGUUUGAGGAGAUUUAAGGGAAGCCUAAAAUCAAUCUUCAAACAAGCUACUGCACAUUCUGCAAGUGUCUCUUGCCCAGGAGGAUUGAGAGAUUCCUAAUUGUGAGCAUAAUACCUGGUUUCUCCAAUCCAGGAUCCUCUGCUGAUAUCUUCUAUAUAAGAGAAUUCUCCUGGAUGACCCAUCAACCAUGGAGAGAGACAGGAACAAGAUGGCUGACAGGAUCAUAAACCUCACACUAGAGAUACUCUUCUGGAUAACAGGAGAGGAUUACUCAGUAGUGAAGAAGUCCUCUAGUGGGCGCUGUCGGGCCCCUGUGUUUGAAGAAUGGGGAAGAACCCUGAUCCCAAUCCCGGGGCCCCCACUUCACUCCCUGAUACAUGAGGAAAUGGAUGAACAGAAGAUUCUAGAACAUAACAAGAUGGUGGACCUGCUGAGUGGAGAGGUUCCUAUAAGGUGUCAGGACGUGGCGGUCUAUUUCUCCAUGGAGGAGUGGGAGUAUGUAGAAGGACACAAGGAUCAGUACAAGGAUCAGGUCAUGAUGGAGGAUCAGCAGCCCCUCACAUCACCAGUCAGAUCCAGUAAGAGAACAGCACCAGAGAGGUGUCCCCGUCCUCUUCUUCCACAGGAUGAUCAGGGACAAGAUCGGAACAAUAUUAAUGCUCCAGAGACAGAUGUGAGCGGUGAUGAGCAGUGUAAGAAGGACAUUCCUACAGGGAGGGAUCUGAUCUAUAUUAAUGGUACAGACAUAAAGGAAGACGAGACAGAUGUAAGCUGUGAUGAGCGGUAUAAGGAGGACAUUCCUACAGGGGAAGAUCUGAUCUAUAUUAAUGCUACAGUCAUUAAGGAAGAAGACGAGACAGAUGUGAGCGGUGAUGAGCAGUAUAAGGAGGACAUUCAUACAGUUGAAGAUCUGAUCUAUAUUAAUGCUGCAGACAUAAAGGAAGAACAAGAGACAGAUGUGGGUGUUGAUGAGCAGUAUAAGGAGGACAUUCCUACGGAGAGGUAUCUGAACUAUAUUAACCCUACAGACAUAAAGGUAGAAGAAGAGACAGAUGUGAGCGGUAAUAAGCAGUAUCAGGAGGACAUUCUUACAAGUGACUGCCCCGAUUCUUGUAGCAGGAGAUCAGAGGAGAAUCUUAUAUCUUCAGAUUAUAAAGCAGAUGAUGAUAUCACACAAGAUACAUAUGAAGAACAUUCCAUUAUCCCAGAUACACCCUCAGCCCUUCACAGCCAAGAUCUCUCAUCUCAUCCUUAUAUACAGGUCCUGUCUUCUCAGUCAUCACAGGAUGUUCAGCAAAAUAGAAGUUACAUAAGGGGUGUUGGACAUGAAAGAGAUCAUACAGGAAAGAAACCAUUUUCAUGCUCAGAAUGUGGGAAAUGUUUUACCAAGAAAUCAGAUCUUGUUAAACAUCAAAGAAGUCACACAGGGGAAAAGCCAUUCUCAUGCUCAGAAUGUGGGAAAUGUUUUAGUCUUCAAUCAAAUCUUGUUCAACAUAAAAGAACUCACACAGGGGAAAAGCCAUUUUCAUGUUUGGAAUGUGGAAAAUGUUUUGCUGAGAAAUCACAUCUUGUUCAACAUAAAAGAACUCACACAGGGGAAAAGCCAUUUGCUUGCUCAGAAUGUGGGAAAUGUUUUACUGAGAAAUCAAGUGUUGUUAAACAUAAAAGAACUCACACAGGGGAGAAGCCAUUUUCAUGCUCAGAAUGUGGUAAAUGUUUUACUGAGAAAUCAAGUCUUGUUAAACAUCAAAGAACUCACACUGGGGAGAAGCCAUUUUCAUGCUCAGAAUGUGAGAAAUGUUUUACUGAGAAAGCAAGUCUUGUUAUACAUCAAAGAACUCACACAGGAGAGAAUCCAUUUUCAUGUUCAGAAUGUGGGAAAUGUUUUAAUUUUAAAUCAAGACUUGUAAAACAUCAAAGAACUCACACCGGAGAGAAGCCAUUUUCAUGCUCAGAAUGUGGGAAAUUUUUUACUGAGAAAUCGAGUCUUGUUAAACAUAAAAGAACGCACACAGGGGAAAAACCAUUUUCAUGCUCAGAAUGUGGAAAAUGUUUUGCUGAGAAAUCAAGUCUUGUUAAACAUCAAAGAACUCACACAGGAGUGAAGCCAUUUUUAUGCUCAGAAUGUGGGAAAUGUUUCACUGAGAAAUCCAAUCUCGCUAAACAUCAAAGAAAAUAUUUUCAUGUUCAGAAUGAAGCAAUCAAGACUAGUUAAACAUCUAAAUACUCACACAGGAGAGAAGCCAUUUUCAUGUUCAGAAUAUAGGAAAUGUUUUAAUGAGAAAUCAACACUUAAAAGACAUCUAAGAAUUCACACAGGAGAGAAGAUAUUUUAGAGCACUAAAUGAUGCAGAUAACACAUUUAUAUAUUAACCCCUUGCAGCAGAACGCCGUUUAUAAACGGCGCUGCGGCAAGGUUAUGAAUCGAGCUCAGGAGCUGAGCUCGUAUCAUACCCGCACGGUCCUGGCUGCUAUCAGCAGCCAGAACCCGUGGCUAAUGCCGGACAUCGCCAUUCGGGCAGAUGAUCGGCAUAAACUAUUUAGAGGCGGCGAUCAAAGUUGAUCGCCGCAUUUAAAGUGAAAGCUUCCCAGCAGCUCAGUCGAGCUGAUCUGGACUAUCGCGGUAAAAUCACGAUGUCCCGAUCAGCUAGAACGCACAAGGAGGAUGCCUACCUGCCUCCUCAGCGUCUGAUUGCCGAAAGACUGCUCCCUGCCUGAGAUCCAGGCAGGAGCAGUCAAGCAGCGAUAACACUGAUCAAUGCUAUGCUAUGGCAUAGCAUUGAUCAGUGCUGGCAAUCGGUAUAAUGCAUGUUAUAGUCCCCUAUAGGAGCUAUAACAUUGCAAAAAAAGUAAAUAAAGAUGAUUUAACCCCUUCCCUAAUAAAAGUAAGAAUCGCCCCCCUUUUCCCAUUUAAAAAAAAAAACUGUGUAAAUAAUAAUAAACAUAUGUGGUAUCGCAGCGUGCGUAAAUGUCCGAACUAUAAAAAUAUAUCAUUGAUUAAACCGCUCGGUCAAUGGCGUACGCACAAAAACAUUUCAGAUUCCAAAAUAGCGUAUUUUUGAUCACUUUUUAUAUCAUAAAAAAAUGAAUAAAAAGCGAUCAAAAAGUCAGAUCAAAACAAAAAUGAUACCGAAAAAUGAUCACGAGGCAAAAAAUAAGCCCUCAUACUGCCUCGUACGCCGAAAAAUAAAAAAGUUAUAGGGGUCAGAAGAUGAAAUUUUUUUACGUAUACAUUUUCGUGCAUAAAGUUAUGAUUUUUUCCAGAAGUGCGACAAAAUCAAACCUAUAUAAGUAGGGGAUCAUUUUAAUUGUAUGGACCUACAGGAUAAAGAGAAGGGGUCAUUUUUACCGAAAAAUUUACUGUGUAGAAACUUAAGCCUCCAAAGUUACAAAAUGGCUUUUUUUUGUCGCACAAUGAUUUUUAUUUUUGUUUUGCUGAAGAUUUUUGAGUAAAAUGACUGAUGUCAUUACAGAGUAGAAUUAAAUGCGCAAAAAAUAAGUCAUAUGGAUUUUUAGGUGCAGAAUUGAAAGGGUUAUGAUUUUUAAAAGGUGAGGAGGAAAAAACGAAAGUGCAAAAACGGAAAAACGCUCUGUCCUUAAGGGGUUAACCAUGUACAUAGGAUAUCUGACAUUUAUACAUAUAUACUGCAUCUCCAAACUUGUUAACAAUUGUUAAUAAAAGUUUUCUUUCUUAUACAGUGAUCCCUCAACAUACGAUGGUAAUUCGUUCCAAAUGAACCAUCGUUACUUGAAUCCAUCGUAUGUUGAGGGAUCUGUGCAAUAGUAAUAUAGAAACUUAUACUCAUGUGUCCCCGCCGCUCCGGACCGUCACCGCUGCCCUGGAUCGUCGUUCUCCAUCGCCGCCAUCACGUCCCCGGGGUGUCCCCGCUGCUCCGGACCAUCACCGGUGCCCUGGAUCGUAUCUUUCCAUUGCCGUCAUCACGUCACUGCGCUCGCCCCUCCUAUUGGAUGACGGGACGGCGUGCGCGGCGACGUGAUGACAACGAAGGAGAGCGACGGCCAUGCAGCGGAGCAUGAAGAGGAUGGUCCAGAGCGCCGGGGACAGGUGAGUGACACUGCGCUGCCGGAUAGCCGUUUAUGCGAUGGCCCCGACAUACAAAAGCAUCGUAUGUUGAAAUGAUUGUAUGUCGGGGCCAUCGCAGGUCGGAGGGUCACUGUAUUAUUUAUUAUUCUUGUAUUCAUCUAUGCACAUUGGACUUAUAAUAAAUGUAAUAUUGUCCCUGACGUUGUAUAUAGGGAAUGUAACGCGCCUUGACGUCCAUUUACGUCAUUUUUUAAAUCAGGUUUUAAAAUACAUUUUUCUAAAUCAGAAGCCGUUAAUAAUAUAUAUGCCGCAUGUUAUAUAUGGUAAAAUCUGAAGACAGGUUCCUAUUAAAUAAUUGUUUAGGUAAAGGGGUAUUUCUGUGCUCCAGCGUUCUUGAAUUUUGUUCAGAACACUGGGAGCCGGUGGCCGUGGUAGUGAUGUCAUAACCACGCCCCCUAGUGACAUCAUGCCACAUCCCCUCCAUUUAUGUCUAUAGAGAUGAAUAAAGGGGGCGUGGCUGGGAGGUCACCACCACUGCUGCACGGACACGGCGUAUGUUUAGAACAGCAGCAUAACCCCCGCAAUCAGACAUCUUAUCCUCUAUCCUUUGUUUAGUUAAAGGGGUUAUCCAGGAAAAAAAAAUAUAUAUAUAUAUCAACUGGCUCCAGAAAGUUAAACAGAUUUGUAAAUGACUUCUAUUAAAAAAUCUUAAUCCUUUCAGUACUUAUGAGCUGCUGAAGUUGAGUUGUUCUUUUCUGUCUAAGUCCUCUCUGAUGACACCU